AUGACUGCGCGUCCAUCUGUCAGCGUGUACUCCGCGUCGGAGGACAAGGUUGUGGGCAGCUGCCCGCUGCCUGCCGUGUUCACGGCCCCCAUCCGCCACGACAUUGUGCAGUUCGUGCACACGAACAUGGCCAAGAACUCCCGCCAGGCGUACGCGGUGAACCGCCUCUCCGGCAUGAAGCACUCCGCGGAGUCGUGGGGCACCGGCCGCGCCGUUGCGCGUAUUCCCCGCAUUCAUGGCGGCGGCACGAGCACGUCAGGCGCAGGUGCGUUCGGCAACAUGUGCCGUGGUGGCCGCAUGUUCGCCCCCACGAAGAUCUUCCGCCGCUGGCACCGCAAGAUCAACCUGCACCAGAAGCGUUUCGCCGUGGUGUCUGCGCUGGCCGCCUCCUCGCUGCCGUCGCUCGUGAUGUCCCGCGGGCACAAGAUCGAGAACGUGGCGGAGGUGCCGCUGGUGGUGGAGGACUCCGUGCAGGGGUACGAGAAGACGAAGGAGGCGGUGGCCUUCCUCAAGGCGGUCGGCGCAAGCGACGACGUGAACCGUGUGAACGACUCCCGAGAGAUCCGCGCCGGCCGGGGAAAGAUGCGCAACCGCCGCUACGUUGCCCGCCGCGGCCCGAUGCUGGUGAUGCCGGACAACAAGGGCACCCGCGCCUUCCGCAACAUCUUCGGCCUGGACCUGGCGAACGUGAACGCGCUGAACCUGCUGCACCUCGCCCCCGGUGGCCACGUUGGCCGCUUCAUCAUCUGGACGAAGGGCGCGUUCGAGAAGCUUGACAGCAUCUUCGGCACCUUCACGGAGGCCUCCGCGGUGAAGAAGGGUUUCAUGCUGCCCGCCCCGAUGCUGACGAACACCGACGUCACGCGCAUCAUGCAGUCCGAGGAGGUGCGUCGGGUGCUGAAGCCGAAGAAGCUCCAGCCGAAGAAGGCGAGCCGCUUCACCAAGCCCUCGAACGGCAUCCGCAACCGCCGCCUGCGCCUGCGCCUGAACCCGUUCCAGAAGAAGGAAACCGCCAUGGCGAAGGGGCUGCGCAACACCAAGAACCGCGACGCCCGCCGCAAGGCUAAGGCCUUGCGUAUUGCGAAGGCCAAGAAGGCCCUCGCCAGCGGCGCCAAGAAGAAGUAA